AUGCGCGCCGCCCUACCGCCGCAUAGGCGCUCGCUCCUUUCAAGGGAACGAUUCGACUGGGCGAUGAAGGUCGUCCACUCGCGUGCCUUUUCCAUCCCGCCGGGUGGCUUUGCCGCCGGGAGUACCAGAGCGGGCUUGCGUCACCGCCACAACGCCUUUCGAGGCUCGCAGAACUGGCCGAGCAAAUUCGCCUUGGUCCCCGUCCUGGACAUGACUAAUCACGGCUCAGGUGAAAACCUCGCCAAUUUCCGCUACGAUGAUCACGCGGGAUGUUUCGAGCUUGUCGCCGGCCCGGACGGGUAUGAGGAAGGGGCACAGGUCUUAGUCAGCUAUGGCGAGUUGACCAAUGAUGACUUGUAUUUGCUCUAUGGCUUCGUGCAAGCUGGCAAUCCCUAUGACGUGUUUGAGGUCGAGGACCUUGUUGAGUGGGUUGCCGAGCAUCACUCUGUUCGCGAGUGGAAUCUAUUCGAUGCCAAGCUGCGUCUACUUGAGCGAAUUGGUCUAUGCUACGAGGGCCGCAAAUUCCAUUUGUCCGUUUCGCAAAUCGAUCCCGACCUUGUCGCCGCGCUCAGGAUUUUGCUUGCAGACGUUAACGAAUUCCGUCGCGCGAGGGCCAUGAUUGAGUUUGAAGAGCCUCGUGACGAGCUGUCCGUGGGAGGCUUUAAGCGAGAGGUUCCUCAGGGUUGGUUUGAACCACUUACAGCGUCCAACGAGCGAACAGUAUGGCAUCGUAUUGCGUCCAAAUGCAGCCGAACGCUGGAAGAGUUUCCGACCUCCAUCGAGUUUGACGAGGAAAUGAUCAUCUUGCAUGCAGCGUCUUCUGUACCUAGUGACCCUGUCCACGCCAAUUCAUUGCUGUUUCGGGUGGAGAAGAAGAGGAUCUUGAGGGCGGCCGCCCUGCUAGCGAAGGAGCAUCAUAUCAAACUCGACAUGGGGUCAGAUGUUAUCGAGAGUCCGGAGUUUGCUCGACCGCGUACUGACUUACGUGCUGAUGAGAGUUAG